AUGGGGUCAAUUGGUAAAAGUAUUCAAGCAUUUGAUCAUAUUACAUUAUGGGUUAGCAAUGCUUUACAAGCAUCAGCAUGGUUUUGUGUUCGUUUUGGUUUUGAACCAUAUGCAUAUCGUGGUCUUGAAACUGGUUCACGUGAUGUUGUUUCACAUGUAAUUAAACAAAAUAAAAUAUUCUAUGUUUUUCAAUCACCAUUAUUACCUGAUAAUCAAGAAUUUGGUCAACAUAUUUGUCGACAUGGUGAUGGAGUUAAAGAUAUUGCCUUUACUGUUGAUAAUAUUGAAAAUGUUAUUGCACAAGCACGAGCUAAAGGUGGAAAAAUUGUUAAAGAUAUUUGGAUGGAAAGUGAUGAAUAUGGUUCAGUAAAAAUGGCUACUAUUCAAACGUAUGGUGAUACAACACAUACAUUAAUU